AUGGACCCUGUCAGCAUUACGACCGGCGCUUUGGGCCUUGCUAAAACCGUGCUCGACGCUACGGCGCUCAUCAGGAGUGCCGUGGACAAUUUCCGGGACGCGGCCGCGGUCGCUCGCGACAUCGAAGACGAGGUUUUGGUCAUCCAAGCUUCUCUACGUCAAAUCGAGACGGCACUGACACCAGACCCCUGGGUUGUUGGGCGUUUGGGCCUCGGCCAUAUAUUCGAGAUAUCCGUCGAAGGUUGCUUGGAGAUCCUGCAGGCCAUCGACGCCGAGUUUUGGAGCCUCCACCGGCGUGACGACUGGCGAGCCCGGUUGGAGAUAUGGUGGAAGGAAGGGGACAUUCGCCGCUUGCUUGGUAGAUUGGACAGGAAGAAAGGGGCCUUGAUGCUCCUGGUGCAGGCGCUGAACUUGCGGUCCGUAUUGGAUUUGCAAGUCUUGCUACACCAAAACCAGUCCACGCUCGACCUUGCGCGCCUUGGGCUGGAUGACAUGGUUCCCUCGUACCCCGCCAUCAAGGGACACGGCCUGGACUCGGUUGCUUCUGAACUCUGUUCGAACGCUAGUCUGCUGGGAGAUCGAGAAUCUCUCCUCAGUGACACUCGCUUUGCGUUUGACGGCAUCUGCUUCGGCAGCAAGGCGUAUGCGCAUGCAGUUGCCAGGGUGACGGCUGAGAAGAAGAAGGGAAACCGGACAGAUCCGACGUCGACCGAAACACGGCCUGACGACCGGUUAGAGUCUGUCAACGAGAAGCACGGCCAACUGCCUGAAGACAAAGUCACUCCUAUUAUCCAGACAGGUGUCGAUCCCGCAAUCCACGAGGCAGUAUGCAUCAAGCUUCGUGAAGCGGAAGCGCGCAUCAAGGCGCUCGAAUGCGAGCUGCAGCAUUAUACUCGAACACGAGCCGGGAACGACGAUGCCCGAAAAGAAGUGCUGCUUCUUGGGCAAGAAGGUCCUUCCCACCGGAAGGCGGCACUCAUUAAUGCUGCCAAGCAGAACGACAAGCCCUUGGUGUCCCAUGCCACUCCGCCAGAACGAGAGACAACGAAAAAGGUCAGGACCAAGAUUGGGGACUCGCCGUCGUCAAAAAAGUCUACCCAGGUUUCGCGGCGGUCUCCAAGCUUUUCGAAGGCCCACACAGCAGCACAUGUCGAAGCACAGGAUAGCAUGGCCACGUCGGACAAACCUGCCGAGAAAGACAUAUCCCCACCAGACUCCAAGGAACGGGGCCACCAUUUUGGAAUGGCCCGAGAACGGAAGCACUUCAGCCGGAGUCCGUAA